AUGGCUCAAGUACUUCAACUCUCUCUCCUUUAUGUGGCAUCAGUUGUCCUCAUGUUUCAGCAAUUUUGUGACGGGAAGUUGAUGAUGGAGUACAUUGGAGCCACCGGAGUUCCCAUAACAUUUGACUCCGUACCGAUUGACAAUGAGAUCGACUUCCAUUUCAUACUCGGGUUUGCGAUUGAUGCAGACUCAUCAGGCAAACAACAAAAUGGGAUAUUCUCACCAUAUUGGCAAUCUACAUUAACCCCACAAUCUGUUGCAGCCAUCAAGAAAAAAAACCCUAAUGUGAAAGUCAUGGCAAGCCUCUCAGGUUGGAGCUUAGGUGAUAAAGUCCUUCACUGGUACAAUCCGACAAACCCCAAAAAAUGGGUAUCUAACGCUGUCUCGUCUCUCGGUUCCAUAAUUACCACUUACCAACUUGAUGGCAUUGACAUAGACUACGAAAAAUUCCCAAAGCGGGGUAAUUCAAGUUCUUUUGCUUUUUGCAUCGGCGAGCUCAUCACCGGCUUGAAAAAGAAAGGGCUCAUUUCCGUUGCUAGUAUUGCACCGUUUUAUAGUACAGCUGCGCCGUAUGUUCAGCUUUUUGAUGACUAUGCAGAUGUUAUAGACUAUGUCAACCACCAGUUCUACACCGACAAAGUUACUACCCCGAAGGGAUAUCUGCAAGCCUUUAAGAUUCGAGCCGCGCAAUUUGGCAAGGAAAAGUUGUUGCCCGCCUAUGAAGUAGAUGGAAGAGGAAUUCAAGGGGAUGCCUUUUUUGAUGCUUUGACACUGUUGCAGACAAAUGGAUUUGAAAUUAAUGGGGUCAUGAUCUUCUCCGCUGAUGCUUCUUUGAAAAACAACUUUCACUAUGAAAGAAAAUCACAAGCUUUCUUGCUCAACUCUACCAGUAGUACUAACUAGUCUAUGUGCGUUACAAUAUACUUAGCCUCCUCGCAUGCGCUCUCACGCGUGCAAGAGCCAUAUAUAGUAUAGAUUAUUUGUUCAUCGUGACUUGUUUUGCGAGUUAUGUAUGUUCUAGUUGCUUUUUUUUUUUUUUUUUUUUUUUUUGCAUUAGUUUGUAUGUAUUUUGCUAAUAAAAGAAAGGUUAUCAUUCUUAAUAUAUUAACCCUAUUUGAUCUCUUUCCUUCCCAUGUGUUACCCCGUACGUUAAGAAGAUUAUCCAACAUCGAUCGGCAGUCACAGAUUGCUGCAGAAACUACUUUCAGAAUCAGAAAAUAUAAAAGCGGGAUAAGGGAACAAUGUAAGAGAUCCAAAAUGAUUAAUUCAACAAAAUUAUAUUGAAUAAAAAGUAAGCACUCCAAAAUUUCAAGGAGGCAAAGUAAUUACAA